GUCACUACGGGAACCCCGAAGCGGAAGUCAACACGUGGGGUUGAAGGUAGGAGCCGUAGAGCUAGUAGAUGGUAACUGGUAGAGCUAGCUAAAAAAAAGAACGGUUUUGUUUCUCCUGGAGCUGAACGUUCUCUUCCUCCCUCGUCCUCCUCCUCCUCUUCCUCAUGGCUGUCAGAGCCUCCUUCGAGAAGAACAACGAGAUCGGCUGCUUCGCCAAACUCACCAACACCUACUGCCUCGUGGCCAUCGGAGGCUCCGAAAACUUCUACAGCGUGUUUGAAGGCGAGCUGUCAGAAACCAUCCCCGUGGUUCACGCCUCCAUCGCCGGAUGCCGGAUCAUCGGCAGGAUGUGUGUUGGGAACCGCCAUGGCCUGCUGGUGCCCAACAACACGACGGACCAGGAGCUGCAGCACAUCAGGAACUCCCUGCCAGACGGCGUGCGGAUCCAGCGGGUCGAGGAGCGGCUGUCUGCGCUAGGCAACGUGGUGGCCUGCAACGACUACGUGGCGCUGGUCCACCCGGACCUGGACCGGGAAACGGAGGAGAUCCUGGCCGACACGCUGAAGGUGGAGGUGUUCCGUCAGACGGUGGCCGAGCAGGUUCUGGUCGGGUCCUACUGUGCCUUCAGCAACCAGGGCGGCCUGGUCCACCCCAAGACGUCCAUCGAGGACCAGGAUGAGCUGUCGUCCCUGCUGCAGGUCCCCCUGGUGGCCGGCACAGUGAACCGGGGCAGCGAGGUGAUCGCGGCGGGGAUGGUGGUCAACGACUGGUGCGCGUUCUGUGGCCUGGACACCACGAGCACGGAGCUGUCCGUCAUCGAGAGCGUGUUCCGGCUCAGCGAGGCGGCGCAGGCGUCCGCCAUCGCCACCAGCAUGAGGGACUCGCUCAUCGACAGCAUGGCGUAAUAAAAGCUGCUGCCUCAGUUUGCCCCCAUCAUGAAGCUCCGCCCCCUAAAGCAGCUGGACUUCAUUCAGAAACAUCUCUGCCUUUUUUCAACCUCAUUAACCAGAUCAGAGACAUUGGAGCCUUCAGUCAGGUGGAGGCCAUCUUGAUGAACCAAGACUCAUUCAGAUGAAUCGGUCUGCAGGUUUCUGAGCUGCUAAUUGAACAUGGAUCCACUUCCUCAUUCUGUCAGCUCUGCAGGAGGAACCAGAAAGUGCAGAAAGCUGUGUUUCUGUCAGGAGACAAACUCAAUAUAUUGGAUGUUUUAUGUGUAAAAUAAAACUGAUUGCUCCCUUUUCAUCUGACUGCCUUUUAUUGCAUUUUAAUCAAAUGUUUUGACUAUAAACUGGUUUGUUCAGAUUUUUGGGCUAAAGUUAUUUUGUUUUCUUGCGUGAAACAAAUUUCAUUUGAAUAAAAAUUUCUUUAGAAAUUCAAGCAAAAACAGAUUGCUGUACUUAAUUUUGCGCUAAAAUUUAAAUUCAUUGCAAAUUUCCAGCAAAAACUUGUCAAUAUUCAUACCAACUCCCACCUGUAGGUGGCAGUAUUUCUCUGCUCUAGCUUUCAAGUUAUUAUCCAAGGCGGUCAAAUUUGGUGGCUUUUGGCGUCAUCUGCUGACCAAAAGCAGGAUCUGCAGUUUUGUGUAAAAAUUAAACUUCCAAACAUUUCAAAGCUUUCUAUGUUUUUAUUUAUUUACUGGCAAAUGCUCUGAGUCAACUCGCAGCAAUGCAUCUAUGUACACCAGCGGAAAACAGCGACACCUGGUGGAAGCCUAAAGAAAAACACGGUGAUACAGCUUGAUUAUAUGACGCACACUUUGCUUUACACACAUAGGUUAAUGUAUUUUGGUUUG